UCCCUUUCGUCUUUUUUUUAUAUUAUAUGCGCGACUUUCUACCGAAAUGACAUCAACGUGGGGGGAAGAAGAAACGUAUCAAAAUAACAGCAACUGCCGUGUGCCAUUCAGAGUGUCGGUCCCCAGCGGAUGGGCUCUGAAACGGCCAGGUGAAAAGGCGCGUCAAUCGUCUCCAUGGCAACGAGACUCUAUUGAAAACCAGGUAGUAGUAGAUGUAUUAUCGAGCAGCCCCCGUAGUAUAAUAUAUAGUGACAGAGCUCUCUCGGGAACCCUUUUGAAACGAAUGCUUUUUUGGUGUCUAGAACUUUACAAAGCACACAACUCUCUGUGCCAAAAGGGGAAAAAACAGCACACGUGAAAGACACAAGAGAGAGACUCUUCCGUGGCUUUUUGGGGUAACCAAGUACAUAUAAUACUGCUGCCGGCGUCUGCAUAAUAUUGUUAAGAGUUCCGUCAACCGAGUGAUCUUUUUCCUAUAUAGCUGUGCCGAACCCUGUGCGGAAUAUUGGCUUCCGGUUUUAUUCUAGUUGCUACUAGCGACCCGAAAGCACUUUUUUGCGGCAGUUAUUUACACCUGGAAGCAGAUUACAUCUAUACAGUGUGGCCGGUAUAGGAGAUCCAGGAGCCUUGGUCGUCGUGCAACAUCGAGCACCUCAUCCAUCAAGGGAAUAAUGGACGGCGGACGGGAGAAUGGAUUCUUGGAAGACGAGGAAUUCGGUAGCGAAGAAGAACCGGACGGACAACUUUUGUUGGAGAUCAUUCGCAAGGAAGAAGACCGAGAUUUGCGCCAAUUGGUGAAACGUUUCCGCGAUCAAUGCCAACAUCAUCUGGUGCUGGACAUCACGUCCAAGGCAGACCUGGGCUGGGGUGAGCAACAAGAUCGCUCUGUUAUCGAUUACCUGGACGACCCGGAGAAGGUGGCGCUCUUCGUCAGCCCGUUGCAAAAGCAGAAAAAAGUCGGCGAUCGACUCAGGUUCGAUUGGGCCGUCGUUGGCAAAAUUCUCAAACCCAAUCACCCCGUUUGUUUUUUCAUCAAAAUCGAAACUAUUAACGAACCGCUCAUCCGUCCGGGACAAUUCGACGCCGUCAUCUACCCUGGAUGUCUGGAUCGUGGCACCAAAGAUUUGCCACGUCAUUUAGCCAAAGUGGCAUUUUAUUUCGAGAGGCAAGCCAUCGCUCUAUGUCAAGAUCGAUUAAAAGGUGGUUAA